UUUGCCGCUCUCUGAUUGGUCAAUCCACGACGGGGGCGUGUCCUGCCAUAACAAUGCUGUUUAAGGAACAUGCACGCGGCAUUAAGCACUUUGUUUAGUUUGUGAUAAAAGAGACGGCUUAGUUUCUUUGAAUGCUUUGAAGAUAAUUCGUUAGUACGUUAGCAGCGAGGAGGGCGUCUCAGUCUCUGUGCAAUAACGUCUGUUAGCAGUGGAGCGUUAGCAACAUCGUCGGGUGGACUUCUUGGCUAAUAUCCGUCGGAAGAAGCACGUCGAGGAAUAUUGUUGUAUCUUUGGAGUGGUUUGAAGGUAGCCACAUUGGAGGUAUAACUUAAUGGGACACAAGGUUUUGGAAGCUGGAACGCCUCCCGUCUCCCCUCACGGCGAAGAAGCUACAAAAGGUUAAGACAAUCAAAGGCAACAUUCAAGUGCCUGCACUGAGCAAUUUCCUUUCCCAGAGCGUGACUCGUCUACACGACGUCACCAAUGCGACCAUGGGAAGUAGCAGUAAAUAGGCUGCCCGCAACAGCCCCCUUGAACCCGAGGAGGUUCCUUGGAGAGCCCUGUCACGUCCCUGUGCAUCUCAGGAGAAGCCUACCAGUGAGACGCCAGUGGGGGAGACGAGACAGACCUGUGCUGCACACUUCCCUUGUCCACGAUGAGAACCUCCAUCAUCUGCUCUUCUCCCAACAUCACCAACAGGUUCCUAUAGAUGAGUCCAGACAAUUCAGCCACACCAGCACACCGCCACGCAUGCUUCACCCUGCUGCCCACAUGCCUCAACAGAACCCCAUCAUGGUGGAUCUACAAGAGCAGAUGCACCAGGGAUCCGUUCCAAUAUCAUACACUAUUACAACGGUGACAACCCACGGGUUUCCCAUCCACACUGGCCAGCACUUACCAGGGUGCAACGCUCAGCAGCUCCCAGCAUGCUCGGUAAUGUUCAGCGGACAGCUCUCUCUGCUCUGCUGCCUUCCUCCUCCUCUCAUCCAGGCAUGCACCAUGCAGCACAUGCCAAUGUCCUACCAAGCCUUCCCACCCUUGAUCUCCAGCGAACAUUUUGUAUUGCACCCAACCCCAUCUGUACCCCCCCACCAGCCGCCGCACCUUACUCCUCUGAGCCAGUUUGUCCCUUUACAACCUCAGCACCCACGCAUGCCUCUACAGAGGGUAGAGAAUGAAGUUGACCUAAGAGGGGACCACCACCCAUUAGGGACCUUCUCCUACCCUCCCUCGCAUCAUCCACCAGCGCUGCCUCCUUCUCUGCCCAUACAGUAUCUUCCUCAAGAGCCUCUGCAUCAGGAACUUCCCUUCGGAGUGCCAUAUCCCCACAUGCUGCCCCGGCGAGCGAAUGGACAGAGAUACCGGUUACAGCAGCCUCUCCCUCCUCCCCCACCGCCUCCAUCCUACUACCCAGGCUUCCUCCCUUACUUCCUCUCAAUGCUUCCUGUGCCUCCAACUGCUGUGGGCCCAGCCAUCAGUCUUGAUCUUGAUGUGGAUGAUGUGGAGAUGGAGAACUAUGAGGCUUUGCUGAACUUGGCCGAGAGGCUGGGUGAAGCAAAACCACGUGGACUCACCAAGGCCGACAUCGAGCAGCUUCCAUCCUACAGGUUCAGCUCAGAGAAUCAUCUAUCGGAGCAAACGCUGUGUGUUGUGUGCUUUAGUGACUUUGAGUGUAGGCAGCUACUUCGGGUUUUACCCUGCAACCAUGAAUUCCACGCCAAGUGUGUGGAUAAAUGGUUAAAGACCAAUCGCACUUGUCCCAUUUGCCGAGCCGACGCGUCGGACGUGCACCGGGAGGCGGAGUGAGCGCCGCGGCCGUGCACUGAACUAAAACCUAACCCCCGAGUUAGUCCUGAAGCUGUAGACGCCCGCCACUCGCCCUGCAUCCUCCAGUAACUACAGCUAACAACCCACUUCCUAAAUGAUAAGCACUCCGGGAUCCUUCCCUAGAGCCGAGAACUUGUGAUCGCUGGGAUCACAAGUUGGUUUCUUCUCUGCCCUCCCGCCAUCCUUCCUCCUCCUUCUCCUUGUUGCAGAUUCCAAAGAGUUGUUCCAUCCACGUAUUAUCUGCUGCUUUUGUUUACAGGGUCUGCCAUUUGUUCAGUGGUUGGUGUUCAUGAGGAAACACAAUGAACAAAGACUAUUAGGGACGCCAUAGAUGCAUGUUUGUAUCGGCCCAUACAUGUCCUGCAAUACUCAUUUCCUCACUUUUAGCCUCCCGUCUUCAACCUGAGCUUGUAGACUAGGGGGAGAGAUCCUCCUCGGGUGUGUGUGGGGAAAAAAAAAAAAGAUGUGACGACAUCAUUUCAAGGUCAUUCAUCUAGCAUAUCUGCACAAGUGCUUUCAUCUAUCCUGUCCUGUUCAGAGCCAAUGUAUUGUGUAACCACUGGAUGCAGGGCGGCAUGUUCGGAUUUGCAUGAACUGUCGAUUCCGACUAGCAAUAUUUCAACCAAGCAUUACCACCAAAACGAUCAAAUUUAAGAGAGGGGAGAGAGAAAAAAAAUGCAAACGGCUUGCUUCGCUAGAAAGAGGACUGGGAGUCCUGACGGGCGAGGCGUGUGCAGACAGCAAUACGUGCAGUGGCGAGCUUUUCAAUGGACUUUUUUUAUCUUCCUGUUUGAGGAAGACGCGGCUGCGUGUUUUUUUUUUUUUUGUUUAUUUGUUUGUGAGCCAAAUCCAAUAUAUAGAUAUACUUUUCAAGAGUUUAGAUCGCCUUCUUAUGACCUUGACAAGCACAAACCUAUUAUUACUAAUCAUGAAAAAUACUGUGUCACCAUUUUGGAAAAAAAAAAAAAAGUUUAUUUAUUGCUUUUUAAUCUUAAAUCUAGAAAACAAGAGUUGAAGGAAAGCGUUUGCAGCACUAACAAUGUUUGGUAUGUGUUUAUACUCUGGUAUUGUGGUCAGGUCAUCCGCUUAAUGGUGGUGUUUAAAAAAAAAAAACUACAAAAAAAAGGAAAAAAGCAAGUGUUAUGUAUAAGUUUCGUGUGAAUGCUUUUAGAUAUGAAGACAGAAGAAUGUUGUAGAAGUCAUGGUUGCACUGCGUCGCAUGCCGGCCGUCUGCAGCCCAAAGUGACCCGCACGGGGUUCAAACGACGGAAUGUGUUCGGUAGUGUGGAAAAAAAAACACUGUUGGACUUCGAUUUUUUUUCCUGCUUGUGUUCACACUUAAAAUAAAAAGGAACUGCUCCCAGUAAGCACUAACAAGGCCGUUGUAAGCGUUGCUUUUCCAUGUAAAGGGAAUCUUGCCUUUUUCUUUACUUCAGUGUCUUAAGUGAAUGUGAGUCUUUGACAUAUGUGUGCCACCUUUUUAAAAAGACAAAAAAAGAAGCCAUUUAAUGAGUUCUACCCACAGCUUUGAGAGUUAAUCUAUGUGUACAUAUCUAUCCGCAGGCUAUAUUGUACGUUUAAAAAAAAAUAAUAAAAUCACUCAGGGCCACUCGGUGUAUAAAAACAGGACAAGAGGAGUCUGUCAAUGCCAUGAAAAGGAAAUAUUUGAAUUUCUCGGUUGUUUUUUUCAUGUAAUUCUACUACAUCAGCGGCAUGUUAAAAAAAAAAAACACGCAAAAGAAGCAGUGUACACUGCGGGUCAUUUACAAAGUUUGACGUUAUUUGCUGUGGUCCACUUCUCAAUGUGCACACUUUCGUAAUUCACCCCAGAAGGUGUUUGCAUGACUGUUCAAAACAGGAUGAAAAUAAUCUUGGGGUCGGGGCGUGGGGGGACUAUUUAACGGUGCACAAUAUGCAUGUUCUUAUUUGGCUUCUGGAGGGUUGAAACUUUUAACGCUCAGCUGAUAACUGCCAUGCACUGUACUGCACAUAUUUCUAAUACAACUGAAUGACUACAAGAUUUUAUUGCGCUAAUUUCAUUUUAUAGAAUUUCCAACAAAAAAAAAUAAAAAUAGGUCUUGAGUCCAUAAGUUCUUACAUAUGCUGUGUUACUGUUCUUGCCCUAAUGACUGAAAACAACCUGCUCUGAGACUACUGUAGUUUGAUCAAAAAGCCAUAGUGACAAGGUGCUAGAUGUUCUGCUUUUAGGUAUGAAUGCAAUAGUUUGUCAUGGAUCUCAUGUAUUCUUAAAGCAUGUUCUACUAAUACCCCAGUGAUUAUAAGUCAUUAUAAUUCUAAUAAGUGUUGUCAUACUUAAUCCAGUGUAAUACUAUACCUGCCUCACAGGCACUUGCUCUCUCUCCGUGUAUCAAUAUCUGCAAAUGUAUUGUUCACAUAUACUUCAUGUUAAUAUUAGCGCUUAUUUUUGCGGUAACUAUUUAAUUGACCCUACUAAUUGAAAAGAAGCUCCCACUAUAAAGACAACAGAAAAUAGAGUCUUGUAGUCUUUCGCUUAAGUUUCUUCAAUAAUCUCACUUUUUAAAAAAAAAAUGUGUUCCAAUAAGCAGCUAAAGAUUUUUGGAUUUGUGAUUGAUUGCUUUGUAGAUGCCAUUUAUGGUUUACCAAUGAUUCUAUUUUUUUUUUGCUGUGGUGGAUUGAGGCUUAUUGUUGUUACGCUCCCUGGCCGCUAGAGGUCCCCAUCUGAUCUCUUUGCCCGGCAGCCCACCCACCAACCGAGCCAAGCCACGUGUUCUGUGUUAGGCAGAUCUUUUUGAUUUGGUACUUGCACAUUUACAGUUACCUCAUUUUUCCAUGUUUGUAUUGCUGGGGGGGUGGGUGGGAGAAAACAACUAAUAUAUAUAUAUAUAUAUAUAUAUAUGCAUAUAUAUAUUACAUAAAGGAAAUGGUUAUUUUAAUUUUCAUUCCAUUGGAAUCAUUGUUUGUAGCAUUUAACAUUAACUAGUGUAUUAUAUGCAUCUGUAUACUGUUUGAAAUUUUUAAGAUUUGUACUUUUUUUAAAUGAAAGUUGCUAGUUAUGCUUUACCAAGUAGUGCAAUCAUAUUUUUUUCUUUGUCGCUGAUUGGAAAGGGUUGUUCACUAAUAAAUGUGUUAUGUAUACCAA